CAUAACUUUCAUACGACUGAACCAAAUUUGAUAAUUUUUUUUUUUUAAAUUUUCGUUGAGGUUCAGAGAUGGUUUAUGCGGAGAAAAAAAAUCGAAUAAUUGCCGGAAAACCUCUAAAAACUGCCCUUAUUUUUUUCUCAUACAAACGAAUGAAUGUUUGUUCGUUACUAACGCUAAGAGAACGGCUGAAUCAAUAUAGAUGAAAUUUUCAAGAGAAUGUUCUGUGUGAAUCGGGGAAGGUUUAGAAAUAAAAAAACCUGUAUGCUUUUCGUGAGGAAAAGUCGGAAAAUUGGAUUAUUCCAAAAAGUUAAUUUUUUCCAUACAAAAUAUUUUUUAAAUUUUUUUGUUUUGUUUUUCAAUUAUUUGAAUCGUUCAAAUUUGUCGUUUGCUUCAAAAAUUUUUGAAUAUUAUUCAGUGAAAUUGUUAUGUGUGUUGCAUACAAAGUGAUCAAUUACAGAUUGAAAUUUGCUACGAUGCCACGAAGAGGUCUCGCUAAUAUCGGUCGGCGUUCUUUUUGGCAUCAACAUACAUUAGUAGCCCAAGGCAUAUGACCGAGUAUUCCCAGGAUGCGAUGACAUACGUGCGGUGUUAUGGAUCGCGGUCAAUCAGCAAGCGAUCGUCACGAUGUCACAGCAAGACUUUUCCAGCAACAGCUUCGAUGGACUCUAUCUUGAAGCAACGUACAUAUAUGUAGAUGGUGCUGCUAGAUGCUAGAUGUACUCUGUUGAGUGGCAACAGAAAGAUUUGCGCACGCACACAUUCUUCUUUGGAUGGUGGAUUGUGGUUACAGAAGAUCAAAUUGAUGAAAUCAUUCAAUAAUGCGGCAAUUCCUAAUGCAAAGGAAGAUCCAGUAUUAUACGAAGUGAUAAAAACCAAUAAGGUUCAUGGACCUUGCGGACACCACAAUCCCACUUCGGUUUGUAUGUCUCACAAUAAAUGCAAACAAAAUAUAACGGGUGAUUUUUUUGAGGUUAGGAUUUUCAUGCAUUAGUAUUUGACAGAUCACGUGGGAUUUCAGACAUGGUGUCAAAGAGAAAGAUGCUCAGUAUGCUUUGACAUUUCAUCAUGAAUAGACUUACUAACGAGCAACGCUUGCAAAUCAUUGAAUUUUAUUACCAAAAUCAGUGUUCGGUUCGAAAUGUGUUUCGCGCUUUACGUCCGAUUUAUGGUCUACAUAAUCGACCAAGUGAGCAAACAAUUAAUGCGAUUGUGACCAAGUUUCGCACUCAGUUUACUUUAUUGGACAUUAAACCAACCACACGAAUGCGUACAGUGCGUACAGAAGAGAAUAUUGCGUCUGUUUCUGAGAGUGUGGCUGAAGACCGUGAAAUGUCGAUUCGUCGCCGUUCGCAGCAAUUGGGUUUGUGUUAUUCGACCACAUGGAAGAUUUUACGCAAAGAUCUUGGUGUAAAACCGUAUAAAAUACAGCUCGUGCAAGAACUGAAGCCGAACGAUCUGCCACAACGUCGAAUUUUCAGUGAAUGGGCCCUAGAAAAGUUGGCAGAAAAUCCGCUUUUUUAUCGACAAAUUUUGUUCAGCGAUGAGGCUCAUUUCUGGUUGAAUGGCUACGUAAAUAAGCAAAAUUGCCGCAUUUGGGGUGAAGAGCAACCAGAAGCCGUUCAAGAACUGCCCAUGCAUCCCGAAAAAUGCACUGUUUGGUGUGGUUUGUACGCUGGUGGAAUCAUUGGACCGUAUUUUUUCAAAGAUGCUGUUGGACGCAACGUUACGGUGAAUGGCGAUCGCUAUCGUUCGAUGCUAACAAACUUUUUGUUGCCAAAAAUGGAAGAACUGAACUUGGUUGACAUGUGGUUUCAACAAGAUGGCGCUACAUGCCACACAGCUCGCGAUUCUAUGGCCAUUUUGAGGGAAAACUUCGGACAACAAUUCAUCUCAAGAAAUGGACCCGUAAGUUGGCCACCAAGAUCAUGCGAUUUAACGCCUUUAGACUAUUUUUUGUGGGGCUACGUCAAGUCUAAAGUCUACAGAAAUAAGCCAGCAACUAUUCCAGCUUUGGAAGAUAACAUUUCCGAAGAAAUUCGGGCUAUUCCGGCCGAAAUGCUCGAAAAAGUUGCCCAAAAUUGGACUUUCCGAAUGGACCACCUAAGACGCAGCCGCGGUCAACAUUUAAAUGAAAUUAUCUUCAAAAAGUAAAUGUCAUGAACCAAUCUAACGUUUCAAAUAAAGAACCGAUGAGAUUUUGCAAAUUUUAUGCGUUUUUUUUUAAAAAAAAGUUAUCAAGCUCUUAAAAAAUCACCCUUUACAUACUUUGUAGAACAUUUGCUUUCGCAAUAAAUUUAUCACAGCAAUACAUAUGCAUAAUAUGUAUAUACAUAUACAUAACAUUGCUGUGAUGCCCUGAGAAGUAUAGUCUUAAUAAAUUUAUUUUUAAUUUUUUGCUUACUAAUAGAAAUUAAAUUUAUCACAGCAAUAUUAUGUAUAUGUUUAUGUAUAUUGCUGUGAUAAAUUUAUUUUCUAUUAGUAAGAAAAAAAUAUUUAUUAGUAUAGAUUUCCAAAAGCACAGAAAUGAUUCUGUGAAUUUAUUCAUUAAAAUCGCCACUCAGAAGUCAUUUUAUCCCUUGUAAGCGAGCGAUUUUCUUAAAUCUCACGCUCCCAGAUAAAACCAUAUACCUCGUCCUCGUGGGUCAGUUUCAAAAACCACAGAAAUGAUUCUGUGUGAUUCUGAAAGGCCAACGCAGAGUAUUUCAACCAAAACAUACGUAAAAUAGUUGAGAAUUCGCAGAAAUGAAAGACAAACGAAAGAAAAAGAAGUAUAACUUCAAUAAUGCACAAGCAUACAAACAUACAUAUGCGCACACAUGUGAAUAUGUCACCAACCAAAAAUUGAAACAUUGUUCUACAAAAAAAACAACAGCAUAAGCAUGGAACAUUGUGUUGUGUUGUUGUGUCGGCCGAGCUGUGCCGAAAGAAACGAACAAACGAUCGCCGAUUGUCACCGCUUCGCUUGCUGCUCGCACAUCUUCGCAGACAAGGUUGCGUUACAUUCAUAUGGAUGAAGCGAGGUUGCGCAACUUUGCGUUACUUUUAUAUGGAAGGUUGCGCAACCAGAAUCUAUCGCAAC